GCCAUUUGAUCAGCGGUGUCCAAUCACAGCUGAUCACUAAUCAUCAGGGCACUGAUGAUCAGUGUAGCCCCAGCAGUGCCACCUGUCAGUGUCCAGCAGUGCCAGCGCCCAUCAGUGCUACAUAUCAGUGCCUACCAGUGCACAUCAAUGCCACAUAUCAGUGCCCAUCUGAGCUGCCUUUUAGUGUCACCUAUCAGUGCCGCCCAUCAAUGUAUCCUAUCAGUGCCAGUCAGUGCAGCCUAUCCGUGCCACCUAUCAGUG